GCGCCCCGCGCGUGCUCGGGGGACGCAUUUCACGUGUAAUAAGAACGCCAGCCUUGAUUCGCGUCCACAGGAGAAGGACGAAGAACAGAAAAGAAGUAUGUGUAUUUCGCCGCGAAACUUCUGAUGGGGGGCAAUCUCUAAAAAAAGUUAAAAAUCGUCUGGCGGGGCCAUGCGAGCUUUUAUCUUGGUAUGAAAAGGAGUGCUGUUGAUAAUCCCCCAACAGAUAGUCUUCAUGCUUCGAAUUUGAUUGUUUGGUUUGGUUUAUCUUGUCUCGCUAGCUGUUUCCUUUGGAGCAUAGCUACACUAAAUAAGGAGAAGGAAAAGGGAUUUCUACAGGCUGCCGUUCUUAGCUGAAGUCGGAGUUCUCAAUUGUUAGGAUUUAGAAAUGGGCCGCCCAUGAGUGUCCUGAUCGAGCAUGUGCAGUUGAAUUGAUUGUGGCAAAGGGAAAAUAGCGUGUGCAAUAAUUUGAGGUUUUCGACUUCGUUUCAAGUAAUGAUUGUCUCUGCUCUAUUAACGUCACUGGGCAUCAAUUUCGGCCUCUGCAUUCUAUAUUUCACACUAUAUUCUAUAUUGAGGAAGCAACCUGGAAAUAUCGAAGUAUAUGCCCCGCGCUUAGUUGCUGAGGGAAAGUCUCGACAAGAAAGCCAUUUCGACCUAGAGAGGCUGUUGCCCUCAACUGGAUGGGUGAGAACUGCAUGGCAAUUAUCAGAAGAGGAACUCUUGUCGGCUUCAGGCUUGGAUGCUGUGGUGUACAUGCGCAUUUUCAUCUUUAGUUUGAGAGUUUUUUCUGUUGCUGGCAUCAUAGGGAUUUGCAUUCUUCUUCCAGUAAAUUACUUGGGGAACGAACUAAAUGAUAUUGACUUCUCCGAACUUCCAAACAAGUCUGUGGACCUAUUUAGCAUUUCAAAUGUGAAGGAUGGCUCAAAAUGGUUAUGGGUUCACUUCUGCUCUGCUUAUCUUAUCACUGGCGUUGUUUGCUUUCUUCUUUAUUAUGAAUAUAAUUAUAUUUCUUCUAAGAGGCUUGCAUCCUUUUAUGCAUCAAGACCACAGUCACAUGAUUUCAGCGUUCUAGUUCGUGGUAUCCCUGUGACUUCUGGGAGCAGCUUUAGUAACCAAGUCGAGAGCUUUUUUACAGAAUAUCAUUCUUCUACCUACCUGUCGCACUCGGUGGUUCGUCGAACAAGCAAACUCCAAGGUCUCAUUAGUGAUGCAGAGAAGCUGUAUAAAAAACUUACGCAUUUAAAAUCAAGACCUGGGCAAAAAUUUCAACGUAAUGGUUUCCUGGGACUUUUUGGACGAAAGGUUGAUGCUGUAGAUCACACUGAGAAGAGGUUACAAGAUUUGGAAGAGAAUGUUAGAAUACAACAAUCAGAUGUUUCAUUGAUAGGGGAGGAAGUUCCAGCUGCCUUUGUUUCCUUCAAGUCACGUUAUGGUGCUGCAAUUGCUGUUCACAUCCAACAAGCCAUCAAUCCCAUGCAAUGGAUCACAGAGCAAGCUCCUGAGCCUAAUGAUGUUUACUGGCCUUUUCUUUCUUCAACAUUUCUGCGAAUUUGGAUCUCCAAGCUGCUUGUUAUCGUAGCGUCUAUUUUCCUCACAGUUAUCUUCCUCAUCCCAGUUGUCUUUGUGCAAGGACUAGCAAAUUUGGAUCAGUUGGAGAUCUUGCUGCCUUUCUUGAAACGUGUAUUGUCCAUAACAUUUGUAAGCCAAGUUGUCACAGGAUAUCUUCCCAGUCUCAUUCUUCAGAUGUUUUUAUCCUUCGUCUCUCCAAUUAUGAAGCUCUUUUCCUCCAUGCAAGGAUAUAUAUCACACAGUCAGAUAGAGAGAAGUGCCAGCAGUAAAGUACUUUGGUUUACUAUAUGGAACGUUUUCUUUGCAAAUGUGCUAUCUGGAUCAGUUAUAAGUCAAUUAAAAUUAUUCCUUGAUCUCAAGAAUAUUCCUUCGAGGCUAGCUGCUGCUGUUCCAGCACAGGCUUCGUUCUUCAUUACCUAUGUUUUGUCAUCUGGAUGGACUAGUGUGGCAUCAGAAAUUGCUCGCGCAAUCCCUCUCAUUUGUGAGCUUAUAGGAGGGUGUUGCUCAAAAAGCAGAAGUGAUGAAUUUGACGUGCCUUCUUUUCCUUACCACAAGGAAAUUCCUAGAACUCUCUUAUUUGGGCUUCUUGGCAUUACAUAUUUCUUAUUAGCACCGUUAAUUAUACCUUUCGUCUUGGCAUAUUAUGCUCUUGGUUACAUUGUCUAUCGUAACCAGCUAUUAAAUGUGUAUUUGCCCAAGUUUGAAACUGGUGGAAAAUUUUGGCCGAUUGUGCAUAAUUCAACAAUAUUUACUUUGAUACUGAUGCAAACAAUUGCUAUUGGAAUUUUUGGGCUGAAGAAGCUUCCUCUUGCAUCGAGUUUGACAUUGCCUCUUCCAGUGCUCACCCUUUUGUUCAACGAGUACUGUCGGAAAUGCUUCCUACCAAUUUUCCAUGCUUACUCUGCUGAGAGUCUGAUCAAGAAAGACCGAGAAGAUCAUAGUGACCCUGCUAUGGGCGAAUUCUUUGAUAAACUGGUCAAUGCCUAUUCUGAUCCUUGUAUGCGACCCCUCAGUUACUCUGACAACGCUGACAGGCAUAUCUCUCCCCUUCUUGGUCCAGCUCAAGUUUGAAAUUUGGAUGGUGAUGCCUCACAUCGUGCUUUGCUAUUUCACCAUACUAUGUUCUGUGUGGAAACUUCCACGUGACGGUUUGUGAUCAAACAAAUAGAAGUCUUUAGAAAAGUUAUGCAAACCGAGAUGGCUGCUACCAGAACAAGAAAAAUGGAUGUUUGAUAAAUAUGUUUGGGAUUGUGUUGUUGACAUUUCUGUGAUUAUGGCCAAGCAAGCUGAAAUUUCUGCCACGUUUUAUUAAAUGAAAAUUCUUGCUUCCUUGAUGAAAA